AAAUACAAUAUACAUAAUUAGUACUUACAUACAGUCCAAAUGUUAUUACAAUAUUAAGAAGUACAUAUAUAAAAAAUAUUAAGCAAUAAAUAGGAACCGACUAGUUACGACUUACGAGAUUAAAUAUAUGAUCUAAUAGUGUAUCAUGUAUGAUAAUGUAAUAGUUCAAAUUAAAAGAGGCAGCUAUAUACUUGUGUUCUUAACCAUUCUCAGUAAGGAAAACAGUUACAGAAUUCAAUAAAUUUCUAACUAAAUGUAUCAAGAAUCAUGAUUUCGCUCAGCAAAGUCCUGAAUUAUGACCAAAUGGUAGAUAUUUCUAAAGAAUUUUGCAGAUUAAGAGAAAGAUGCUAUUUAGAAAAUGCUGGGGCUGCAUUAUAUCCAGCUUCACUUCUUCAGAAAAUUAAUGAAGAUUUUACUAAUAAUGUAUAUAUGAAUCCACAUUCAGAUAAAUAUACCAAAGACUGUAUUGAACAAAUAAGAUGUUUAAUACUAAAACACUUUAAUACUGAUCCAUCCAAUUACACUGUGAUAUUUACAUCAGGUACAACACAGUCACUAAAACUAGUUAUAGAGUCAUUUCAAUUCUCAAGUGAGGAAGUCGAAUUGAAUCAAGGUUCCUUUGUGUACUUAAGAGAUAACCAUACAUCUGUUAUUGGUUUAAGAGAAAUAGCUAAAGAAAAAAAUGUUAAUGUUGUACACAUUUCUCAAGAGGAGUUUUUAAAAUCUAUUAAGAAUUCUGUAACUUCUUUGAAUGCAUCAAGUGACAGAAAAGGCAACUCCCUUCUUGCAUAUCCGGCUCAAAAUAAUUUUAAUGGGUACAAAUAUCCCUUAGAUUGCAUAGAUAGAAUUAAAAAUGGAUGUCUUAAUAGUUACCUAAAAAAACAAUUAUGUGGAACAAGCUCCAACUGGCAUAUUCUAAUUGAUGCAGCUUCAUAUGUUUCUACCAAUAAACUAGAUCUAUCAAAGACACAACCUGAUUUUGUAUGUCUAUCAUUCUAUAAAAUUUUUGGAUAUCCAACUGGACUGGGAGCCCUUAUAGUUAAAAAUAAAAGUAUACCAGUUUUAAGUGAGAAGAAAUACUUUGGUGGUGGUACAGUGGAUAUUGUUUUAAGUAGUGAAGACUUCCACAUAAAGAGAGAAACAAUAUGUGAAAGGUAUGAAGAUGGAACAGUUUCUUUCUUAUCUAUUCUUGCUUUAAAGCACUGCUUUGACACAUUAUAUUCCUUAAUACCAAAAAUUGUAAAUAAUGAUGUUAUGGAGACUAUUUCCCAUCACACAUUUUAUUUAGCUCAAGACUUCUAUAAUCAACUGAAGAAAUUAACACAUGAAAAUGGAAAUAAAGCUGGACAUUUGUAUAUGGAUUCAGAUUUUACUGAUAUUUCUAAGCAAGGAUCCAUUGUCACAUUCAAUUUAAAGAGAAAGAAUGGAGUAUUUGUUGGAUAUGCUGAGUUUCAGCACAUGGCCGACUUAUUUAACAUCAGCGUGAGAACAGGAUGCUUUUGCAAUUCAGGCACUUGUCAAAGGCAUUUAAAUGUCAGUAAUAAAAGUAUGAAGGCUAUGUAUAAUGCUGGGCAUAAAUGUGGAGAUGAUAUUGAUUUACUUAAAGGAAAGCCUACUGGAGCUAUAAGAGUCUCAUUUGGAUAUUAUAACACAUUUCGAGAUGUUGAUAAAUUAAUUUAUAUGAUAUGUAAAUGCUUUGUUAAUAUUCAAAUUGAAAAACCUAUAAGAACUUUGAAUAUUUAUAAAAACAGUCGAACACCGAUAAUAGAAAAGCAGCAUGAAAAUUGUAAAUUGAAUGAGGAAUCUGAUUCAACUAGUAAUUCUAUAUCUUAUACAGAAGUAUCAGAUAUUACUUUAAUGGAAAUUGCGAUAUUUCCAAUAAAAUCUUGUGGUGCAUUUAAAAUUAAUAGACACUGGAAAAUCGGACCUAAGGGAUUUCAAUUUGAUAGAGAAUGGAUGGUUGUUAAGGAUAAUGGUGUUUGCCUAACACAGAAGCAAUGCCCACAAAUGUGUACAGUUUGCCCUGAAAUCAACUUGGAAAGGCAAUGUAUGAUGUUACAUUGUCAAGGUAUGCCUUCAAUAUCAAUACCAUUAGAGCAAAUCUCAAAUGAGUACAAAGAAUCAUCACUUUGUCAUAGUAAAGUUUGCUCUGAUAUUAUAAAGGGCACCGAUUGCGGCGACGCUGUAGCAGACUGGAUUUCGAAUGCUCUAGGAAUAUCAUUUCUGAGAUUAAUAAGACAGUCAAGUAACGACACUCGAUCACAAAAGAAAAAAAAUGAUGGUAGUAAUAAACUAUUAUCAUUGAGUAACCAAGCCCAAUUUCUACUAGUAAAUAAAGCUACAGUAAAAUGGUUGAGAAAUAAAAUAGAUGAUCCCUUGUUUAUGGACGACAUAGAUUCGUUAACUGAUCGCUUCAGAGGUAACUUGAUAAUAGAUAUGGGACAAGAGCUAGCAGAAAAGGAGUGGCAGAAAGUUAUUAUAGGAGAUCACUUGUUUAACAUUGAUGGCCAGUGUCCACGCUGUCAGAUGGUUUGCAUUGAUCAAAAAACAGGACAGAAGACAGUUGAGCCCCUCAGAACAAUUUCUGAACAAUUUGCUGGAAAACUACGCUUUGGAAUUUAUUUGAGCUAUGCUGGCGCAGUUAACGGAUCAAAAUCUUCAAUUUUGAAACGAUAUGCACAAGUAGUACCAAUAUACAAUGAUGUUAGUGACAAUACUAGUAGGUAGGGUUAAAAAGUUUUAGAUUUUUUAUUCAAAUCUACUAACAGUGAAAUAUUGUCAAGGUUUUGAGCUUAUAGUAUAUGUUGCACCCUUUUUCUCUCGGCAACUAUUAACAUUUAAUCUUUAAGGAUGGAGGCUAUGAUAGUUCAGUUUUCCCAAAUAUUUCAAGAUUGUUAGGUGAAAUUUACCUUUUUUAUAAUUUUAAUUGCUAAUCAAUCGAAUUUAAUAAAAAAAUUAUUAGAAUUGUUAAGUUAAUGUUAAAAUUAAGUAUGUAUAAUCUUAUGUAAUACCUUUCUAUACAUUGUCAAUUUGAAAGAAGUUACCUCUAUUUAGUAUAACAAAUCUAUUUCAGCUAAACGAAUUUAAGUAUGUAAGUUUGCAUUGACAUAUUAAGAAAAGUAAGAGAUGUACCAUACUAAUUGUUGUUUAACAUACAGUUGUUCUGUAAUUUAUAUUUUGAUAGCAAUGUCUUUAAUAUCUACUAUUUUUUAUAAUUUAUAUUUGCUCUGUUAGUUAUAGAUGAUGGUUGUUAAUUGUUUUGUCUUGCCAUUAUUAUUUUAUAUUAUAUUGAAGUAAACUGUGAUUUAACUAUUUACAUAACAUAUACACUUUAUAUAAAUUUUAAUAUAUAUGAAAGAUGUGAUGUAGAUGAAUAUAGAAUUCUAGGAUAAUAGGUCUGAAGUAACUAAUAUUAAACAUAAUUAGAAAGUAAUCUCUUCACUAUAAAGCAUAAUCUAUAAAGUUACAUAUAUAGCUACUUGUUAUGUUUCUUUUGAUGUCUUGAUAGACGGUUUUUAAAAUUAAUAACAAAUAUAUAUUACACAUAUAUUUCAGUAUUUACA